AUGACAGGAGUUGAGUUGACAAACAUACAACUUCGAGAUGAGAUUGUAAAGGGAAAUGAAGAUGUAAAAUCUUUUUUACGAGCAUUAGAGGUGAAACUUUCAUUGAAAAUCGAGGAGAUUAGUCACCUUCUCAACAAAGCGGAAAAAGAAAAUGAUGAACUGAAGAGGAGAGUUGAAUACUUGGAAAGAGAACGAAGAAGGAACGGAAUUAUAAUUUUUGGUUUGGAGAGACACACUGCGAUAGUUGGAGUUCAGGAUAUUGUAGAGUUUAUUGGAAAUAGUCUGAAAGUUAAACUGGUGGAAGGUGACAUCAACAGUUUGUUUACACUAGGGAGGAAUAAAAAUAGUCCUAUAAAGGUUGAAUUUACAUCCUAUUUGAGGAAACUCACAGUGCUCAAGAAUACUAAGAACCUAAAGGGUUCCUCAAUAAGGAUCACGCAGGAUCUCACUGAACAGCAGAGAUCUGAGAAUAAAAUUUUGAGGAAACAUCUUUACUCUGCCAAACAAAGAGGGGUGACCAAUUGCUACAUUAGGAAAGGAAGACUUCAUAUGGACGAUCGUGUCUUCACUCCAGCCGAUCUUGAAUGUCUAGAGGAAGAAGGUUUUGAGUGUUUUCCCAGUAGACCGCAUAGUGAUCCAGGUACACCAAUCCACCAAACCAAGUCUACAAAGGAAGAAAUAGGACACGCAAAGCCAGGUGAAUCUACGGUGAAACUGCCCCCGCCAACCCAACCAGUGAAACUGACAACAACCAACAGCGUUUCUGAAAGAGGGUCUUCCAUUACGCCUAAACCAGGUACUGUACAAAAUUCUUUAAGGGCUUUGGCAAGAGAUCGACCAAAUACAAGAAAAAACUCGGCUAAAGCGAGUCUCAGAGAUUAGUUUCUGUAUUAUUUGUGUGCUUGUUAUGUGUGCAACAUUUUGUUGAUGUAGAUUAGUAACUCCUACUACAAGAAUUCUUCGUGGGAUUAUCCUGAUUUAUUUUCACAUUACUUGAAUUGUUUUCAUUUUGUG